AUGCAGGCAGUAUUUACACCGGAACGUUCAACAAAGAUACGUUUAGUUUUCGACGCUUCCGCAAAAGGUCCAGACAACAAAUCCCUAAACGAUUAUCUAGAAAAAGGUCCAAACUAUAUUAAUAAUAUUCAAGAUGUCUUGAUAGCGUGGAGAUGGGACCAUGUUGGAUACUGCGGCGACUUACGUAAGAUGUUUAAUCAAAUUAGGAUACAUCCCGAAGACCAGAUAUACCACCGAUUCUUGUUUCGACGAAAUGAAGACGAAGAUCCUAAGAUUUUUCAAUGGCUACGGUUAAAUUUUGGAGACAAACCCGCACCGGACAUUGCUACAGGAUCUAUUAAGGUAUUAGCUAAAGCCUGCCAAGAAGAUUUAUCCGAAGCCUCCAGACAACUGCAAGACAACGUUUAUGUUGAUGAUAUCGGUGGCUCAGCCCCAACUCCCGAAAAAACCCAAAAUAUUAUUACGGAUAUCGACACCAUCCUAAACACGGGGAAUUUCCAGGUCAAAUCGUGGAAUUCUAAUCACAAGGAAGUUGACAAGUCAAAAGAAAAAUGCACUACCUUCCUCGGACAUAAGUGGAAUAAAGAAAUUGAUGUAUUCACAUUCAAGAAAGAGCUCGAUAUUAGACCAGAUCGCAACUUUGGGAUCCUCUCCGACUGGUCUUGCCUGUGA